CACCGCACCUCUCAGGUGAACAUAACCCGGGUGUCUAUACAGGGUGUCCCAUACAAAGGAUGACUUACUACAGAAUGGAGUCCUGUUAUAACCUGGGACUGUUUGUUUUGGUGAUGCUGUUAAGUUGUGUACCUACUGCAGACGGACAAUCAGUCCGACUUUCGGGAGGAUAUUCCAAAAGUUCCGGUCGUGUGGAAGUGCUGUAUUCUGGACAGUGGGGGACAGUGUGUGACGAGUCCUGGGACAACGAUGACGCCGUAGUGGUCUGUCGCAUGCUUGGUUACAGCCGGGGAUCUGCAUACUCCUAUGCGGUGUUUGGCCAGGGUUCGGGACUGAUUUGGAUGUCAAAUGUUGAUUGCUCUGGGUCCGAAUCCAAUCUAGCUAAUUGUUCAUUUCCUGGCUGGGGUAUAUCGACAUGUAGUCACGCUAACGAUGCUGGAGUUGUUUGCUUCAAUGAUACAGAUCUCUCGGAGGUAGUCGUACGUCUAGUGGAGAGGGAAGGGUAUUAUAACAUUGUAUUACUGUAA